CCGCCUUCCUGGUUCUCUAGUGCAGGCCACUUAGGACUCUGACAGUUUUUAAGCUGAGCUGGGGCUUGGAUAUUAAGCACUCCCAAGAAGUGUGUGUUCCUUUUUUCGGCCUGUGGCAAGGCUUUGUACAGGCAGACAAGACAGACAGAGGGAAGCUCCAAAGAGGAAGGGGAUGGGGGAACCAGUACUUCCCAAGAACAUCCCACACCUGCACAACAGAGAGGACAAGCCAUCAGGAACCAACAUGGUGGAAGAGAAGUCCACAACUCCCUCAGUGGCAAAGCUGGCAGGAAAAUUCCAAGAUCAGUCAUCUCUGUCUGGAAAGGAGAUACCAGUCACUAAACCAACCCGUAGAAAACCACCAUGCUCCCUUCCUCUCCACACAAACAAGGCAGAGCUUGGCCAGAAUGGUGAGCUAAAGCCAUCUCCAAAUGCUUCACAUCCUCUAAAGGUUAAGGUAAAAAGCUCUCCCCUAAUUGAAAAGCUACAGGCCAAUCUGGCAUUUGCUCCAGCUGCCCUGCUGCCAGGAGCUUCUCCGAAAAGCCCUGGCCUAAAAGUAAUGGUUUCUCCAUUUAACAGCCCUCCAUCCACUCCUGUCAGCCCAAAGUCUCAAUCAAGUGAAGCUGAUGAGACACCAGUUAGUUUUGAUAAGCCACCAGAGGGCACUCAUCUUCAAUUUUAUAACAAGGUACGCACACGGGGAUCAAUAAAACGCAGACCACCCUCUAGAAGAUUUCGAAAGUCUCAAUCAGAAUAUGGAGAUGACCUAGAUAUAGGGGUGACAGUUUCAUCUCAGGAGAAUGGUGCUGAGGAGGAGAAUGGUGUAUUUAUGGACAAGAAAAAGGCAACAAAGUCACUCUCUCCCCCUGUGGAUGGUCUAGAUCACCAUGAGAAACAAAAAGAGAUAGGAUCUGAUGAAAAAACCCCACCAGGACUAGUGUCCAGAAGAACAGAAAGCAAAGAGACAGAAGCAGGAGCAGAAGAAACGGUGUUAUGCAAAGACAGCAAAGAAGAGAAGCCACAUCAGAAUGUUUCAGGGGAAAAUUCAUGUGAGAACAUCAAAGACGACAAAGAGAAAAAUCCAGAUCAUGACAAUGCAGAGGAUACAAAAAUGAAAUCACAGAAGAGCACUUUGAGUGAUAGGGAAGAUGGUAUUGCUUCUGACCAGGAAAUAAAAGAUAAAGGAGAGAGGGUGGCUCAAUUAAGAGAGAGUGAGGACACACAUCUGAUAUCAGACAAACAAGACACUGCAACUCCAGAGCUUGCAGGAGACACAGAAACCUGUACAAGCUCCAGAGUGUGAUAGUAGUAAAAUCAUUGGGCACACAGUAAAUGGGAAACCAAGGUUAUGGAGGGAUUCCCACUAAAGUACUUUCUUAUGAAUGAGCAAAAGCUCGUCCUUAAAGGAAAACCCCAAAGAUAUCAGCGUUAUCCUUUUCCUUUGGCAGUUUUUAGGCUAUUUACUGCAGCAAAUCUGGUCAUCUGUGAUGGAGGAUAGCCUGAUACAGACAAUUAACAUUCUAGGCUUUUCAAGCUGGUGGCACACCAAGAAGAAUGAUUGCGCAGAGAAUUAUUGUAUGUUGACUUAAGGAAUGCAACAGUUACUGGGGCUUUUUAAGCAUUUUUCAUAUAGAAAGAACUAUCAUGCAUAUUAGUUACGUUUUCUGAUUAAAGUGGACAUUUCCAAACCUCUUGUGGCUUGUCAGCUGUAAACUAUGCUGCAUGCAUAACAAUUACAUGGUCACCCACACAACCACACAAAACAAUCCCUUCUGGUUUAGUUUGUGACUAUGGAAUAAUUUGUUAUAUGUGGUAAAGGAAAAAAAUCCAUUUGCAAGAAUAACAUCUAGCAAACUCUUUUCAUCCCCUUUUCUGAAGUAUACAAAGUCAGAUCAUUGUCCAUCUAGCUCAGUAUUGUCAAUACUGACUGGUAACAGUGCUUCCCCGCAGCCCUAUUUGGAGAGAUCAAGAACUGAACCUAGGAUAUUCUAGAUGCUAACCAUAUGCACCACCACUAAGUUGCAAGCUCUCCCUGUCACAUCCAGUUCUGCAUAUAUUGGCCCCACAUUGCAAACAUCACUGGGAAGAUGGAGGCAAGGGUAGGCCAUAACAGACCUGUGUGCACACAGUGUGCUGCUCAAAUGUGUAUAUGUGCAUCUGUGAUGGAAGAGACCUUAUUCUUUCAUCUCCAUUGGUGUUUCAGUGACUGUCACAAGUAUAUGAUAGAGCAGUGCCCUUUACGUUACUAAUGACUAUAUAAUUAUCUACCAUCCUGCCCUUUAUAAGACAAACAUUUACUCAUAUAGCCCGUAUCUCCCCCACCCUAGAAAGGCUAGUCUCCCUGUAUAAGAUCUCCAUUCUUACCCUAAUAUGUUUGACUAGUUCCCAUGCCAUGGCUACAGAAAUGGAACUAGUUUAAUAGCAGAAAUAAACCUUUACUACUGUUCUUGAAUGGUGGGGGGAAUUAUCUGUAUAGAGCCAAUAUGCGAUCAAUAAUCAUGCAUGGAUAUGACCAUCUCUUAUCUGCUGUUGGACCUAAAGUUGUAUAGCUACAAUAUGGUAUUUUGAAAUAAGAAUAAUUUAUUUUAUGAUUAUUCAAAUUUGCUAAGAACUUAAAAAUUAGUAAUGUUUCUGCCUCAAGAAGCUGACUUAUGAAAAGCCAAGCAGCAUUGGCUGUGGAAACCCAGCCAGAUGGGCAGGGUAUAAAUAAUAAAAUUAUUAUUAUUUAUUAUUAUUAUAUUACGUCCUAACUUGGCAGGAAAUCACUGUACUGCUACCAGCUGUAACUAAGUAGGAAUAUGUGAGCAAUAAGGUUCCCAAACAAUGAAUUCCAGAUGGUCUUCAGGCAGAAAGCAUCCUUACUAAAUGAACUGGAUCAUCUUGUGGUUUUGGCUUUUUGUAUAGGUCCUGGAAGGCACUUGCCAUAAAUACUAAGCCAGUUAUUGAGUGGAUUCUCCAUGAAAACAAUGUUUACGCUGCUAAAGCCCCAAUGUUCUGAUGGUGUGUGAUGCCAAAGUCUCUAAGGAUAACAUACCUUGUAGGUCAGGACUGGGGAACCUGUGGCCUUCCAGAUAUUGCUUGACUACAAUUCCUAUCCCUGACCACUAGCCAUGCUUGACAGAGCUGAUGCAAAUUGGAAUCCGACAUCAGGAGAACUACAGGUUCCCAAAGUCCUGGCAAUUCUCCACCUUGUCCAAUGGAUUGGCUGGCGGUGAACAUGAGAUUGCUUUUCGUCGCUUUCAAAAGGCCUGUCCUGGUAGAAGCUUCACACCUUACAGGUUCUGAACUUUAGCAGUAAGAUAGAAGUGCAAGAAGCAGUAUGCAUUUCAAAAAGGUAUCAAACUGCAUGGGAUUUGUAUAUGACAUAAGUACAGCUUUGUUGAUCAGAACACAGGUGCAUCUCUACCAUUGUUUUCCAUAAUGGCUAACUAGAUGCUCUGUGACUUUCAAGCAAGGCAAAUUGAAGAUAAUCAUCUCUUAUUUGUCCCAAGAAUCUGGAAAUCAAAACUUUACUGAUUCAGGACAUAGAAGUUCUUUGUUUUAGUUGUUAUGGAUAAUGGUAAUUGAUAAACCUAUAUUACAUUAGUUUGCCUGAUCCUUUUAAAGCAGUCUAUUCUAAUGGCCAACACAGCAUUCAGCAGCUGUGAAUUAUGUACCGGUAUAUUCACUAUGAAUUGUGCAAAAGGUGUUGUAUUUCAGACAGAUGAUAUAUUUAUGUACAUUCUUUCCUUUAUUUUUAAAAAUCAAAGAAUGCAACCCA